AUCCUCCUCGGGACUAUUUCUGUUCCUGUCUGAGAUCAACAUCAUGCAUCACCUCAAAGCAUUCUUCUCUGAGCUUUCUGGUGGGACUGGGGCUUCUCAAGCGUCGUCAUCAUACGAAGGAAAAGUUCCUAUUCAUGAACUGUCUCAUGUGCCUACCAAAGCAUGGGAAAAGAUGAAAGUAAAGCAGACAGUAAAAGAUGUUGACCCUAUAGACCCCGCAACCCCAAUAUCGGAAGACCACAUUCGGUUUGUGUGCCUCUCAGACACUCACAGUCGUGUGGAGAAGCUGGAGGGCUUUGUACCCCCGGGAGAUGUCCUGCUUCACACGGGCGACUUUACGCAGAUUGGAUUGCCCAAAGCUGUGGAGGAAUUUGACAGGUUCUUGGGUGAACAGCCACACAGGGCCAAAAUCGUCAUUGCCGGUAACCAUGACCUGACUUUUGAUAUGAAUUUAGUUGAGAACCGAAGAGGCCACCUUCAGUCACAGUUUGGAAUCCAACGCAGUAAAUUUGAAGACAUCCUGGAAGAACUGAAGGUGAAGUCGUCUCGUGAGUUACUGAAGAACUGCUACUACCUGGAGGACUCUGGGGUCAGUGUGUGUGGCGUGAACAUCUUUGGGUCUCCCUGGCAACCAGAGUUCGGAGACUGGGGGUUCAACCUGCCUAGAGGAGGGCCAUGCCUGGAAAAAUGGGACAAGAUUCCCGAUGAUACGGACAUUUUACUGACCCACGGGCCGCCCAUAGGGCACGGUGACUGGUGCUUCAGUGGUCUGCGCGCCGGCUGUGUGGAGCUACUGACCACAAUUCAGACCCGUGUCAAGCCCAAGUUUCAUAUCUUUGGGCAUAUACAUGAAGCGUAUGGAGUGACCUCUGAUGACCAGACGACCUUCAUCAAUGCCUCCAACUGCACACUGCGCUACAAGCCCCUGCAACUGCCCAUUGUCUUUGACUACCCUGUACCAGAUGGACACUCAAAGAGCGAACUGGACAACUUUCCUAAAAAUAACCUUAGUCAGUAAUUUAGGAGACUUUGUUUUGUUGUUUCAAUAUCAUAUUGUUAUAUGUAUAUUAUUAUAUGUUUUUCAGUUUCAACGCAUUGCUGAUCACACGACAUAGUAAGUGAUAAAAAAGUUUCUGCUUUGUUGAGGUGUUUCGAGUUCAAAUUUGAGUGAAUUCCGAUUAGUAUUCUGAUCCGUCCUGCAAUAUUUCCUCUUUGCCUCGUUUCCUGAUCGGGGAAUGAGUUUUCCGCUUUUGAAAUGACCGUUAACACUUUGCAGUAGUACACUGUGCACCUACGCUGACCUUUCGCACCUUUGUUACAAUAAGCACAGUCCCUGUCAUUAGACCGUUGUCUGUGAUGUUAGGCGCCUUGCUGUCGCAUGCAGGAGACCCGGGUUCAAUUCCCAAGUGGGGGAAAACAUUUUUAUGGAGUAUCUCAGUCUUUCUACUGGGAUGUAUCCCUCUAAGCCUGAGUUGGUCCUAACAGACAGGUGUGGGUCCCAUGCGUUAGUUUUACUUUUCAUUGGAAUUGAAGGCUUCUGUUCAAAAGCACCCUUAAUGAAAUCGCUUCACACAGCUAAGAUUACCAAAGUCUUGUAUGUUUAAGUAACCUGAAAGUGCUGACCUAGCUACACAUAAUACCGAAUGUGAGUCUUCUUUCUCACGAAGCUCUGAGACAAAAAAAGAAGUAAUUGUGGCAGUCACAGGUAGAGAAAUUGAAUUCACUUUUGUGUUAGCUGCAUACCUCUCCCACUUUGCAAUAUACACAGUGUAAACUUUUUUGAUAUCUGGCCCAUGAGGCCAUAAUGACUUCAGUAGCUUUUUCAGAAAAAGCCUUGGUUUCUGAGUCUCUCUCAGACUGUUUGUAUACUAGAAGUCUUAGCUUCUUGUAAAGUCGAUGAUGAGUGUCUUGAUGGCUGUGGGGCAUGACCCAGAAACGACAUUUCGUCUGUCAGCACUUUCACCUCUGAUUUUGCCUUGUCGGUGGUUUCACCUUUCGAUUUUGCUAUGUCCGUUAUUGUAUGGCUGCACAAGAGAAUCCUUCACAUAGGUACCAAAAUGCUUUUUAAUUUGAGAUAAUAACAUUUGCAUAUUCUGCAACCUUUUCUGAGUAUUUUGCUUUUUAUUUGAAGUCUCUAUCAUAGUUGGAUGAAAAGUUAUGACAAUUUUUGUCCGGUUGGGUAAGAUAAUUCUGUUUCGAGAAAACAGCCUUUUAACUUUUCGGUACAUUUUUUUUCAAGGGAAUGAACUUUAUGCAUACAAACCCUUACAGAAUCAUUUUCAUCCUUACAUAAGGGUUUUUAGCUUAUUAUUUACAUUUAAAUCUAGAUUGCAACAUACAUUUUUGGUCAAAUAUGAUGCCUUAUAUAGUCAUUGCUGCUCUGUGUUGAUGCCAGUUUUGCCACACCCUCACCCUCUGCCUCGUGUACCUCCUCCCUGUUUUGGAACAGUCCUGGCCUUCUUUGUCUUUCUCUCUCUUUUCUUUCUGGUAUCGUGACAUCAUAAGUUGUCAGCGAUGCCGACAGCACACAGGAACUCAACACUCGCUUGGGGGUCCUUAAACAGUGCUGAUUGUGGGUCCCUGAAAUGUCCAAGCAGAGUGUGUUAUGGUACGAUAGUUGGCAGGACAUUUCAGGAACACAUGGUCCAUAGUCUCGUCCUCCUCUUUGCAAGGGGCUGCCUUUGUCGGAACUGGCAGCUCCUCCUCACAGUCAUUAGUGCUGUGAUCAUGUGAGGGGCCUGAGGCUUGCAGGGGAAUGCUGGGUUUAGGAGUCACAAGGUUCUGUUUGUUUGCUGAGAUGAACUGAUGGAUUUCAUUGGGUAGAUACAUACCACUGUUGUCGAGGACUCAGACCAGUCUCUUCAAUGACAGGUGGUAUUCCGUCUUUGUGUGACUUCUUCCUUGUGAUGUCAUGGAUUACCCUCUUUUAACUUAACACUGGCCUUCACUGUAAAAGAUCUAGAGCUAUCCAGAAAGAAAUGAUGGAGAGAUUUUAUUCCUGUCAGUUUUACAAAGAAAUCAGACACAAACUUUAUCCAACUAUAUGUUGGCACCUCUGUGGGCCCAACUUCACUUCCAACAAGCUUUGCCACAUUCAUUUCAGAUGAACUGUUCACAACGUCCACAAUAUAUUGAAGGGAGUCAAAUUUGGUAUUUCUCUGCUUUCUUUUGACUAUUCGGAACCCCUCGUGUGGGCUGAAUUUAGUCUAUCCAGCAA